AUGGAAUCCAGCAAACCUAGGCGAUCUUCACUUAAACCUGAAGAACAGGCUUGGGUUUUUGGUACAGUUUGUUUGAUCACCUUUUUGGUCUUUUCUCUUCAAAUAACGAUCAUUAUUCCACACUUCUUGUACCAACUACCGCUAAGAAGAGAAGAUGCGAUUUGGAAAUUGUGCAAAGUACUAGUACCUUUCAAUAUUGGUGCGUUGGGAAUUUAUUGGAAUUAUUACAAUUGUGUUUCCAUGGAUCCCGGUGGAAUACCAAAAGGAUGGAAGCCGCCAAAAGAAGUGUUGCAACCCGCUCAAGAUGAUGAAAAAGAGCAUAACAGUACAUCCUCACAGCAACAGGUUCGAUAUUGCAAACCCUGCAAAGCAUUCAAACCACCUCGAACACAUCAUUGUAGAACGUGCAAACGUUGCGUUCUUCGAAUGGAUCAUCACUGUCCUUGGGUUGCAAAUUGUAUUGGACAAAGAAAUUAUGCAAGUUUUAUUCGAUUCUUGUUUUGUGUUGAUGUGACAUGCUUGAUGCAUCUGACAUUACUCACCGCUCGUGUUGCAGAUUAUUGGUGGUUAGAAAAAGGUGGAAUUUGGCGUUCACCAAGUACGCCAACGAUGGUGAUGAUGGUUUUGAAUUAUGCUUUUUGUUUACCAACUCUUAUGAUUGUGGGUAUUUUCAGCUUUUAUCACUUUUGGUGUUUGACUGCAAACACUACCACGAUCGAGGGAUGGGAGAAGGAUAAAGUGGAAAGGAUGGUGAACAGAGGGAGGAUCAGACAGGUCGAUUAUCCGUUCGAUUUGGGAUUCAUACGCAAUAUCACAAGUGUCUUGGGCCGGUCACCUUUGUUCUGGUGUUUGCCGUCAGAAACAAAAGGUGAUGGAUUGAGGUACGAUGUUGGAGAAGAAGUUGAUGAGAUUCAGCAAUUCUUCUGGCCACCAAAAGAUCCCGAACACCUUACGCAAACACGGAAGCGAUCAAGAAAAGCAGAUACGAGUGGAGAUCCGUUCACAUACGGGAACGGAGGAUUCAAUCCUGCUUUGAAGCCUAGCAAUGCGCUACGGCAAAGGAGCAAAGUGCCACCUUGGCAUCCUGAUUACGAGAAGGAGGAAGAAGAAGACGAGCAAGAUUCUGCUCAACAAGCCGGAGUUGAUUUGACGGAUGGCUGUUUACCAAAUCCCACAAAUGAAGAGACAGACUCAUCUGCGUUCGCAUUUAUGGACGGAGCAGAGUACGACCGACGUCAGAUGGAAGAAAUGCAAUCGGAUAAUGAAAGUGAUGAAGAAGGUCAAGCGAUCACGAGCGCUCAUGAAUAUACACAGACGAGGGUAAGAAGAGGCAGCGAAGGGUAUGAAGUGAGACCAAAACGAUAUGAUGUAGCCUAUGCAUACGAAGCAGAAGAAGAAGAGCAAAGGCAUAGACUGGAAUGGGAAGACGAUAGUGAAGGUUCUGAAGGUGUUCACUUUAUCGGAGGAGAUGGAGAACAAGACGAAAGAACAUGGUUGUGGAGACAACAGCAAGAGGAGGAAGAAGCAGUUCGUCAACAGAUCCAAGAAGAAUGGCGGAAAGAAUUGCGGGAGAGAGGAUUGAAAGAUUUCAAGAAUGAUUUCACCAUUCAACAAGAUCCAGAUCGAAAUGGAACGAAACCAUUAUUGCCUUCUGAGAUUAUGCAAAAGAGAGCCGAAUGGCAAUCACAGCAAACGCAGUGA